AUGUCCUGCCCACACACAGGAGGACAGUAUUACACAGCCACUUUGCAGGACAGCAGUGGACUGUCCUCUAGCUGCCAGUCUACAGGCUCACAGUGUAACGUGACAGGACUCAGGUGUGGUCAGCUCUACCAUGUCAAUGUGACGGCGUCAAACAAUCUGUGCAGCAGCCCUCCUAGUGCUACUAUGAACACUAACUCAGUCGGCUCCAUCAGGGCAGUGUUUGAUUGUCAGCUGGGUACAGCCACUGUGUCAUGGCAGUAUGCUGCAGGUGCUCAGGGAUACGCAGUUUCUGCCUUGGCACCGGUGAACAACAAGGUUUGCUGCACAUCCAACGGCACAUACUGUGACCUGCGCAACCUGCAGUGUGGCAAUGAGUAUACAGUGAGAGUGCAGAGUUUGGGAUACACAUGCAAUGGCAGUGCACAGAUGACUGGUUCCCUGAUCACAGGCCCGUGUUCUCCCCAGAACCUGGCAGUACAGUACAGUCCCUCCACCGCUGUGUUCUCCUGGAAUGUCACUAAAGCCGGCACCAACUUUACAGCAAAGGCAGUAACCCCCGAGGGCCUGACAGUGACCUGUGAGACCUCUAACACGAGCUGCACCUUCCCACACCUGGAUUGUGGCCAGAUCUACAACGUCAGUGUGACGGCUCGCAACAAUGUCUGCACUGGCACCUUAACCUCCGAUCCUAUCAAAACCGAACCCUGUCCUCCUCAGAAUGUCAAAGCUAGCUUAACCUGCGCCACCCUCAGUGCUGCUGUCUCCUGGGAGCCUAGCCAGUUGGCAGUGAGAUACGUUGCAUUCCUAGAAGGCAUAAAUGGUCAUUCCACUUCCUGUCAGACAAAUAAUACGUACUGCAGUGUACCCGGUCUCACCUGUGGAACAGUGUACUAUGUUAGAGUCCGUGCCAUUGGCGAGGUGUUCAACAGCUCUGACAGCAUCAGGGUCAACAUGACCUCAGCACCAUGUCUGUCCACCAGUGUGUCUGCCGUGACGGACUGCUGUACAGAUUCAGUUCUAGUGUCCUGGAGCGCCAUUGCAGGGGCGGACAAUUACUCUGUGACCAUUUUGGGUUCAGGAGGUCAAACAGUGUCCUGCUCAACCAGUCAGAACAACUGUAACAUCUCCUCCCUGCAGUGUGGACAGAAAUUUAACGUCACCUUAAGCGCUACAAACCAGCAGUGCCAAAGCACCGCCCCCACCAAUGUCACCUUCCAGUCCAGACCCUGCGUACCGCUGCAGGCAGUCGUCAGUAAACUGUGCGGUAACAAAAUGUCUGUGAUGUCUUGGGAUGUGAGAGAAGAAGUGGAUUAUUACAUCGCCCGAGCCACCAACGCAGCAGGAGGAUACCAGCUUUGUAACUCCACCAACUCCGUUUGUUCCUUCUCUACUCUGGGCUGUGGAGAGACCUUUACAUUUACUGUGACCGCCCACAAAGGCCAGUGCAAAAGUGACGUCAGCGCACCCGCAUACCUCACUACAGACCCUUGCAAACCAGAAAACGUGACUGCUCGCAUGUCAUGCGACAGCGAGACGGUGGCGCUCGAUUGGUCAAAAUCCAAAGGGGCGUCAUUCUACAUUGUGAUGGCAACGGGGAGUCUUGGAUACUUUGUAGACUUUAACACUACUUCCACUAACCUGUCUGUGUCCCUGCUCUGCGGACAAAGCUACAACGUGUCUGUCCAAGCGCAGAACGAGUACUGCGACACGCCGCUGAGCGCCCCUGCGGUUUUCAGACUGGCGCCCUGCACGCCUCUUAAUCUCGUGACUUAUUUGGAGUGUGAGAACCAGGUGGGUUCUGUCAGCUGGGGCCCAAGCGAUGGGGCGGUCACGUACACUGCCACAGCAGUGGGCAUGAAUGGACUCGCACACCUGUGUGUUACUAACGGAACCAACUGCACCUGGGAGGACCUGCAGUGCGGUGAAACCUAUAACGUUACGGUCACUGCCAAUGACAGCCGCUGCACGAGCGCACGCAGCAACAGCACCAUCAUACACAUGGACCCAUGUGUUCCUCAAGCUCUGACGCCCGUCCUGGACUGUGGCACAGGGGUGGGCUCUCUGAGCUGGGCUUCCAGUGCUGGAGCCGAGACAUACGAGGUGGUAGCAGUGAAUGGAGCCGGUAACACGCUGGCAUUCAGUACCAACAUUACCAGCGGCUUCUUCUCAGAGCUGCUCUGCGGUCAACAGUACCAGAUCACGGUCAGAGCAAUCAACAGGAAAUGCAGAAGUGUACAGAGUUCGCCUGCUUACUUGUCAUCAGUUCCAUGUGUUCCACAGAAUGUCAUAUCUCAGCUGGACUGUAUGUUUAACUUUAUAAAUAUAUGGUGGAACAUCAGCCGCGGGGCGGCGUCUUACCUGGUGGUUGCUAAGGGACCUGAGGGUCCAGUCAUUGGCUGUAACACGACUGCGCAGGAGUGCAGGCUGCAAACACUGCGUUGCAGCUCCUCGUACAAUGUCAGCGUUAUCGCAGUAAACCAACAAUGCAACGCUUCAAGCUCCAUCUUUCAAAUAAACACCGUGCCGUGUGUACCUACUCACGUGCAGAGCAGUGUGAACUGUACGACUCAAGCUGUAUCCGUGUCCUGGGACCCAAGCGCAGGGGCCAUUUCCUAUGCUGCGGUUGCUCAGACUAGUGGUGGCUACGCUUCAGUGUGUAACAGCACCGGAACAGCGUGUGUAUUUUCAGAUCUGCUCUGUGGGAUGAACUAUAGUUUUGCUGUCAGCGCCACUGACGGGACCUGCAACACUGCACCGAGUCAAGCUGUUGUUCUGAGGACAGUGUCCUGUAGGCCACAGAAUGUUAGCGCCCAGCUCAACUGUGACGCUAACUCUGCUGUUGUAAGUUGGGAACUUGGUAAUAACGUCAGGAGUCACACAGUCCAGGCUAUUGGUUCUGAUGGACAUCGCAUCAACUGCUCCAGCUCCGACUACAGUUGUACUUUAACUGGCAUGCACUGCAGCCAGUGCUAUAACAUUACCAUCAUUGCCUUAGAUGGAGUAUGUGACAAUAGCAAGGCACAGCUCAUUCUGAAGUCAGCUCCAUGUGCACCUAGCAACGUUCAGACAUCUUUGCAUUGCGACAUCAGCGGUGGCGGUGUUGUGUCUGUGUCGUGGGUGCAAGCAAACAGGACCGAGUCUUACAUGGCUGUGGCCGUGUCUAAUGAUGGUCGUUCCUACUCUUGUAACACCACCGCUGCCUCCUGUGAUCUACAGAAACUGCAGUGUGGUCAGAUUUAUAAUGUGUCUGUCUACUCCCUGGUUCAUGAAUGUGGAGGUGUGAAGAGCACUACGUCUCAAGUGCAGACAGCCCCAUGUCCCCCUCAGAACAUGUCUGCUAUUGUUCAGUGUGAUUCAGGGUCUGCGCUGGUGAGUUGGAACCCAACAACGGAUGCCAGCCAGUUCAUAGUUGAACUUGAAUCUGAGAGCACAGGAGCGAUUUUCUCAUGCAACAGUACAAACACACAGUGCUCCAUCACCCAUCUGCCCUGUGGAGAGAGAUUCAACCUCACUGUGGUGGCACUGAGAGGCAGCUGUCAGAGUCAAGCGAGCAGUAACCUUUCCAUCGCUUCAGCUCCAUGUAUUCCACAGAGGGUCAACGGUACUGUGGACUGUGUCACUAACUCUGCACGGGUUUCAUGGGAUGUAGCUAAUGGCGCAGAGUCUUACGCAGUGCUGGCUGUAGGCGACAGUUACAAUUCCACAUGUAUCAGCUCAAACUCCACUUGUAAUGUACCUGACCUAGGCUGUGGAAGGAGUUAUACCUUCUAUGUCACUGCUUCAAAUGCUGCUUGCACAAGCCCGCCCAGCAGCAGCUUCCAGCUGGAGACCGCACCUUGUGCCUUGUCGUCCAUCAUGGUGGUGGCUGAAUGCCACAGUUCUGUUAUCAUGGUACAAUGGCAGAAAGCUCGGAGUGGAAAUUCUCUGUACUUUGCCACAGCAGAGGAUCAAAACCAUUCCCUCCUUUCCUGCAAUAGCUCUGCUUCUUCUUGCAACCUAACCAAUGUGCAGUGUGACAAGGAGUACACCAUCAUCGUAGCUGCUUCAUCCAACAAAAACAGCAGCCUCCGCAGCCCAACCUACAAGAUCAGAACCGCACCCUGUCAGCCCUCAUCAGUACAGGCCAAUGUAGACUGUCAGUCGAAGGGUGUGUUUGUGUCAUGGACCCCAUCAUAUGUGGCACAGUCCUACCUGCUUACUGCAGUUGGCAGAAAUGGAGACUUGAAGACGUGCAAUACCUCGAACAAUAACUGCACGCUAACCAAUCUGCGUUGCAGCAACACCUAUCAAGUAUCUGUUUUAGCCAGUAACGAGAACUGCACCAGCUUGCCCAGUGCUAACGUCACCUUCCAAACAGUGCCAUGUCAGCCAGUCAACUUAACUACAACCAUGAAGUGUGGGAACAGUAGUAGUGCCUCCUUGUCCUGGGUGGGAUGCACAGGGACAGUGUCCUACAAGGGACUUGCACAGUCAGAAACGGGCGCAACAAUCUACUGUGAAACCACCAACACGUCCUGUGUUCUGGAGGGCUUAGUGUGUGGCACCGUGUACAACUUUACAGUGCAGGCAACUAGUGGCUUAUGCAACAGUUCGAGUGAAACGCAAACUAAGGGAGCAGCUCCCUGCCCUCCAGCUGGAUUGAAGGUUGUCCCUCGUACAGUAGUAAAUGAUACUCAGAUCUUGAGGGCGUCUUGGUGCACUGUGAAAUGUCCUAAUUCAGAAUACCUCCUGGCACUCACGGGCAGCAUUCAGGGGAACAACCAAACUCUCUUUGACCUUGCCUCCUAUUGGACAAGUCGCACAUUCUUUGAGGUGCCUCUCCCUUGUAGCUCCACCUACAGCGCAACCAUCAGUGCGAGGAACUCUGCCGCCACAAGCGACAAGUCCACUGCAGUCACUGGAACCACAGUACCUUGUGCUCCUCUAAGUGUGACGUUCUCUGCAUCUUCGGGGGUAGUGGCAUGGAGCGAGUCUCUAUUUGCCACGAAUUACACCGUGUAUGGGGUUACAUCCUCUGGUAGAACAAAACUCUGCAUGACCUCACAGCUCCUCUGCUCUGUCACCAAUUUCAACAGUGGUUACAUUGUCGUAACUGCAAAAAACACUGCUGGGGAGAGUGAAGGCUCAGUGCCUGUUGCAGUGACCGCAGGUCGCAGAAGGAGGUGAGACCUGCCACAAAUUGAGAAAGGCCUGACCUACCCAGAGUAAAUGCUUGUAUCUCAUCGCACUCAAACUCUUGCCUGUGAGAAUUCCUGCACUAAUCUAAGAAUUCUUGAUACUGAUAUUUAUCUUUUGCAUGUUACAUGUAGUCUGGUUCAAGGUUCACUUUAAAAAUAAAAAAAAAAAUAAACCAAUAUUUAAGGGUGGAAUAGGUUGGCUGGGUAAAAGAUUAACAUUUCUUUUCAAAUGUUCUCCAAACAUCUGUUUCUGGCUGUAAGAUUUACUUUCAUGCAAUGAGAAAUAUUUAAAAAAAAAUGUCUUAUGUAUUCCCAUGUUUUUGUAUAUGAAUUAUAUUAAAUACAAAGAGCAUUUCUCCAUGUGAUCAGUCUUAUAAAUUAUGACAUGUAAAGCACAUG